UACGUCGAGAAAUUUACCUUCGACGGUUCACUUUUUCACACGUUACAAGUGUGUGAUAAUAGAUAAGUAGCAGUCCAAGAGGUAAACAAGAUCGUCAGAUAGCCACAAUUGAAUGACCAAAGUCCAAAGUAUAAUCGCAUAGAAUACAAGUGGGGCACCACCGAAUGCCGAUACUUGUCUUGCGUUCUCAUUAACGUAACCACCUGGUCUUCUCAUUCUCGUGGUAUUCCUGUAAUUAUUAGCGUUGAAUUUAAUAUCUUGGUAAUUUCUCACUUUCUUUAAUCAUGAUUUUACCAUUCGCAAUUAUAAGAAGAGGUAUGGCGACAUCUAGCUCUCUCAAUGCAAUUAAGCAUAUUACUGUCGUUGGCGGUGGGCUCAUGGGCUCAGGGAUUGCUCAGGUUGCAGCUCAAUCAGGCCACCGAGUAACUUUGGUGGAUAUCAGUCCUGAUGUGUUGAAGAAAUCUCAAGAUAGUAUUCAGAAGAGCUUAAGUCGCGUAGCCAAGAAAUUAUAUAAAGACAAUCCUACUGAGGGUGAAAAAUUGGUAAAGACUGCAUUGGCCAGUAUAGACGUUAGCACGGAUCUUCAAGCAGCUGUGAAGACUACAGAUCUUGUCAUAGAAGCAAUUGUGGAAAAUCUGGAAGCUAAGCACAAACUUUUCGCUAGCAUAGAUGAUGUUGCUCCUGCAUCUACGAUUUUCGCAAGCAAUACGUCUUCUUUGUCGAUUGGAGAAAUUGCUUCAGUUACCAAGCGAAAGGACAGAUUUGGCGGUCUUCAUUUCUUCAAUCCUGUACCUGUUAUGAAAUUGCUUGAGGUCAUUCGGAUUCCGGAAACUUCAGAUGAAACAUAUAACACUCUAAUGGAAUGGGGUAAGGCUAUUGGUAAAACUUGUAUCACUUGCAAAGAUACUCCCGGAUUUGUGGUCAACAGACUUCUGGUUCCUUAUAUGAGUGAAGCUGUACGCCUUUUGGAACGUGGAGAUGCAUCUGCACGAGACAUUGAUAUUGCAAUGAAGCUGGGAGCCGGAUAUCCUAUGGGUCCAAUAGAACUUGCGGACUAUGUUGGUCAUGACACUACCAAGUCUAUUCUUGAUGGUUGGCAUAAGAAAUUUCCAGAUAAUCCAGUAUUCAAACCUACUGAAACCCUAAACAAGCUUGUAAAAGAAGGAAAAUUGGGUGUUAAAACAGGAGAAGGAUUCUAUAAGUAUAACAAGUAGUUAAUUAUAAUCAAAGUGUUUCCAGAUAUCGAUUAUAUACUCAUUUAGCUGUCACGAGUAUCACCUUACUGGAAUGAAAUCGGCGUUGCGAACGGGCCAAUAAUUUUGUAAACAUACAUAUACGAUAUAGGUAAAUCAACUUUAUACGAGUUUUGAAAUCAUCAAUUAAUAUUUUUUUAUUGCUAUUAUCUGAGAAUUUAUACAUAAAUCCGUUGAAAACAUCAUUGUAUAGUACAAUAAAUCAUCUGUAAUUGUUGAAAACAGCAAA